GGGAGGUGGAGUGAGGGUCGCGGAGGGUGGCCUGGCGGCGGGGCACGGGCCCUUUAAGGAGGAGCGCGGGGCGCGGCCCAGGUAAGGGGCGGGUCCGCCCGGCGGAUCAGCGCUGCGCGCCGGCGCCGGCCCGGGAGCCGGAUUUGGAGCUCGCGGCGCCGGCGGGGCCGAACAGGGCGGCGCGGCGGAGCUUCCCGUGGCCUCGGACGCUCAUUUUUUUCCGCGGCCACCGCCCCCCUCCGCCUGCGCCUCCUGCUCCUUUGCCCCGGCCGGGGCCCGGCCGCCACUUCCGGCCGCUCACCUGGGGACGCGCUCACCUGCCUCCCGGCGCCUGGGCACCAGGAUGAAGGACCGGCUGGAGCAGCUGAAGGCAAAGCAGCUGACACAGGAUGAUGAUGCUGAUGAGGUCGAGAUUGCUGUUGACAACACAGCUUUCAUGGAUGAGUUCUUUUCUGAGAUCGAGGAAACUCGACUCAACAUUGACAAGAUCUCAGAGCAUGUGGAGGAAGCUAAGAAACUCUACAGCAUCAUUCUCUCUGCGCCCAUUCCAGAGCCAAAAACCAAGGAUGACCUGGAGCAGCUCACGACUGAGAUCAAGAAAAGGGCCAACAACGUCCGGAACAAACUGAAGAGCAUGGAGAGGCAUAUCGAAGAAGACGAGGUCCGGUCGUCAGCAGACCUUCGGAUUCGGAAAUCCCAGCACUCCGUCCUCUCCCGCAAGUUUGUGGAGGUGAUGACCAAAUACAACGAGGCGCAGGUGGACUUCCGUGAACGCAGCAAAGGGCGGAUCCAGCGGCAGCUGGAGAUCACUGGCAAGAAGACAACGGAUGAGGAGCUGGAGGAGAUGCUGGAGAGUGGGAACCCUGCCAUCUUCACCUCGGGGAUCAUCGACUCUCAGAUUUCCAAGCAAGCCCUCAGCGAGAUCGAGGGGCGGCACAAGGACAUCGUGAGGCUGGAGAGCAGCAUCAAGGAGCUUCACGACAUGUUCAUGGACAUUGCCAUGCUGGUGGAGAACCAGGGUGAGAUGUUAGAUAAUAUAGAGUUGAAUGUCAUGCACACAGUGGACCACGUGGAGAAGGCUCGGGAGGAAACGAAAAGAGCCGUGAAGUACCAGGGUCAGGCUCGCAAGAAAUUGAUAAUUAUCAUUGUGGUAGUGGUUGUGUUGCUGGGCAUUUUAGCAUUGAUUAUCGGACUUUCCGUGGGGCUGAAGUGAGGGCAGCCUGUGAGGCUGCUGCACUGAAAUUUAUUUCUGAGCUUUCCUCUCCACCUUCUAGCCGUGUGGCUGAGUCUUCCUGCUCUUCACCAUCACCCUGGGCACUGACAGCUCCUCCUCCCCCGCCUCUUUUAGAGCCUGAUUUCACUCCAGCCUUGUGGGGCCACCCUUGUUGUCUUCAGUUGGGAACGGAGUGUGCAUGGCUUUCCUGAGAGAGAGAGUGGGACCCGUUCCUUUGUUUCCUUGUAACCAUCCUCGACCCAGCAGACCAUCUAGCCCUGGAGGAAUCUGAGCUACCGAUACAACCCUUCUCCUGCCCCACUGGCUCUGAAGCACCCUCUCCUGGACUAUAUGGACCAACCCAGCUUCUCUUUCUUCCCUCUGAUGUGUCAAAUCAUGCCUUGCACCUUGGAGAGCCUAUCUGGGACCUCCCCCAGGUGCUGAAUUUUCUACCUCAUGGAGUAUUCUUCUCCCCAGAAUUGCAAUUUUUUUUUUUUUUAAAGAGGAUAUCUUUAACAAAGCAAAAGGCUUCUUCCAAGUUGGGCACCAGUCAGGCUUGGUCCUGAGUCUUCUACCUGGCAGGACCCCAGUCUUCACGACUUGUUGACCCUGUCCUGAAAAUAGGAGGGGCUGGCAGAUGUCGUUUUAGUCUUAGAAGCUUACUUGUUUGUAAUUAAGCUCUUACUGUGUUCAGCUAGAUGGCCAACUUCCAUCUCCACGUUGUAUGGCCGAAUGUUUACUCAAGGGGGCGCCACCAUCAUGAAGUCAUCUGACUUUACUGCUUGAAGGGCUGGGAAUAUUGUUUCCAUGUGUCCAUCUUGGGAACUGGCUGUUGACUGUUAGAAUGAUGCUUCGUGAAGGCAUCGCCUUGAGGCCCCAAAUAACCAGGCAUUUAACAUGAGGCCAGAGACAAGGUGCUUGAGUCUCAGGCUCUGGAAAUGUUUCUGACUGGUGCAAGUAAUUCAGUCAGUUCACGUGCUCCAAAUGUACAUUUAUAAUUGUGUGUGUGAGACAUGUACACAUAUGCAUGUGUCUCUCAGGAAGUAGGAAACUGGCAAUAGAAGGUAUUACAACCUAAACAAACUAACUUGAGCUGAAAAAUAGGGAAGAGACAUUCACUUACCUGCCAAUGAAUGAGUAGAAGUAUGAUCUUCCCGCGUCACGGAGAAACACACUGUUUUCUGCACGAGCUCUAGGAGAGUCAUAGGUGGCUGGGGUGAUCCCCUUUAGGUUUUUCUGCUUAGCAGACAGAAGGUGUGACAAUCUUGGCGGCUCUCCCCACGUGCUGCCUGGGUUUGGCUUGUCCUGAGAACAUCCCCCAGCAAUUUGCUGUCAUUCCUGUGACCUUUGGGAUGUCCUGUCUCCAGAACUGAGUCACCUGGGGGAGGCCAAGGACUACCCAGCAGCUCUACCAGGUUGAAGAGCUUGGCAGAUUCUUUGUUGCCACCCCUUCCCCACCUGCCCCCCCAAUCACAGAGCAAACAACAGCCAGGAAACUUUCAAGUGUAGAGACUGCGCUCAGCUGGUGGUGAGCCCCUUAGAUUCCCAGCUGGUCUUGGCUAACCUCCCUGGUUUAUAUUUCCUAGGACAGGGCGAGCACCCCGGUCCAGGCCCGGCCCCUGGGCUUCCUGUACAAAGGCUCCUCACUCCCAUUCAUUGUCCAGCUUUCAGACAGAGCCAAGGGGACCCCCUCUGGCCCAUGGCUAUGAUGUCUGACCAGGGCUUGGCUCCAGGAAAGAGGGCAGACAAGCUCUACUCAUAGCCCUUUGCUCUCAGGAGAUCGAGGCCUGGGGCUUACAGUUUGGAAUACAACAAGUGAAGGGUUUUUUGUCAUUUGUAUUUUUUUUUAAAUGUAAACUUGAUUAUUUUAUUGCUAAUUUAAAAAUAAAUGACUUUAUAUUGAUUGUGAAACAGCUCUGGCUCCACUUCCGGGUAAAACACUUAGUGACUGACUGCCACCCUAUGGUGGUAUUUGUUUAGGUUUCGGAAUUUUUUUUUUUUUUUUUUUUAAACCAUAGGCUAGCUCAGAUGGAUUGAACUUGUAAGUUUUGAAAAUGGUUUAAGAAUACAGAGUAGCAGUAUUUGAAUCUUAGGUUUCUAGUGCCCCCCUGCCGCUCCCCCAGCUUGGGUUUGCUCUCUUGAGAGUUUCCGGCCCCAGAGGGAACUCAGCCUGCUGUGAUGGUAUCUGGAGGGCAGAACGACACACCAAGCACCUCUGAGAUCGCCGUUGAUCUGAUUUCUGAGUCUCUCACGGAGAAGUAACGUUUCCACCAGCAUUCCGGGUUCCAGAAGCCAGAUCCAUCUCCCUUUCCCUCCACAUCCACUUCCACGCCCAGGCCCACCCCUGCCUCCCUGCCUGUGGAACGCUCUCUGCAGUGACGUUGCUUCUCACGGGCUUUUUCUCUCCUUGUCUGGGUGAGCAGAAGAAGAUCAUGAUCAUGAUCUGCUGCGUGAUCCUUGCGAUCAUCUUAGCUUCUACCAUUGGGGGCAUAUUUGCCUGAAAAUAGAAGCCCUCACAGAUGGAUCCUCACCUGGCAUUUUUAACCCUUCUUCCACCUCUGUGGUGCCAUCAUUUCUCCACUGCAGAUUCCUCACCGGCUCUUCCUCUUUCCAUUAAGAAACCUCUUAUGACACAGAACCUCCACCAUCUACUGGCGAAAAGUUGUGCAAAGGGAGAUUCAUGAAACUGUGGAACGGGGGCAGGCAGGGGUGCAGGAACAGCACUGUGUGGCUGGUUAGGGAGAUGUUGGAGGACAAAGCAUAAUAGGUACUGUUUAGAGAAUAAGCUCAGAGCCCGCACUGCCCUCACGGCUGUGAGGCAGGUACUGAAGCGCACACACCCGUUCGUCAGCAGCGUCCGGGCACUAGUUCCUUCUGCUCAUCUAGGUCUCACCUUAGACCAACCCCCCAUCUCCUUCCUUCUUCAGUGUCUGUUAGGAUCUAAGGCAGAGUGUCCAGUGAGGCCCCCUGCCCCGUGCUUAGCACAGUGCCUGCCACUUCCAGCUGCUCAAGGAUCUGUCGACUCACUUACCUGUAAUUAAGCUCUGCUUUCUAUGGAUGAGUCAUUGGAUUUGACUCUGAAACCCUUUAAGGCAUCAACAGAAAAGGAUCUGUUUUUUUUUUUUUGUCUUUUUUUGCU